AUGGGGCGUCCGCCGAACUGCCGUUUGCGCCCCGUGCAGCAUCAACAUGCAACUCCAACCGCGCUACAACCUACGGCCUCCCAUCCUGUCGUUCCCGAUGUUCACCAUCAUCAACCUGUCCUCCUCAAUCCGCAUCAAAUGGUGCCCUCACCGUUCUCGUCUCACUAUGGUUCUACUCCCCUCCAGUACCGCUCGCCACGUGCGGGGAAACGGCCUCGACCGGAUGAUGACGACGAGGCGACUGAGGACGAGCGUCGGUUGGAGCUUCCUCUGCAAAUGCUGCCACCCGAAGGGCAUGCAGAAGGAACACAAUCGCCAGAGCUGCUGUUGUCUGCUCAGAGCGACUCUUCAUCGCAGCGCCGAACCUCUGUCCCCACCUUUGCACCGUCGCCCUUACACCAGCCGCCACAGCAACAACAACAACAACAACAACAACAGCAUCAUCAUCAUCACCACCGGCUUCCCUCUCAGGCCAUCAUCCAUCCCUCUCAACAGUCCGCGGAUAUGAUGUCUCCCUCGGUGCCGUCGGGCCUCCCCAGCGUGGUCGGUCAGGCAGGGAUGCCCGAGCCGGCGCCCCGCCCACGAGGACCGAAGCUGAAGUUUACACCGGAAGAAGACGCGCUGUUGGUGGAGUUGAAAGAGCACAAGAAUUUGACGUGGAAGCAGAUUUCCGACUUCUUUCCUGGUCGGACGAGCGGAACGUUGCAAGUUCGUUACUGUACCAAGUUGAAAGCCAAGGAUACGGUCUGGACAGACGAAAUGGUACAACGACUUCGCAAUGCAAUCCAGGACUAUGAAAACGACCGUUGGCGGAUCAUAGCAGGCAAGGUUGGCCAUGGCUUUACUCCGGCCGCCUGUCGAGAAAAAGCAGCAGAGUUAGGAUGA